AUGUCUCACGUUAAAUUUAAAUUUAAGCACACAUUUGCACUUAUAAUAAUAUUCAUUGCAAUAUUUAUUGCCGUUAAUAUUGCUUCUCCAAUUUAUGAACCAGUUGGUAGUGCUCUUCAAAAACGACAAGGUCCAGAUGGUGGCAAAGCACCAGGUGGCGGUGGUGGCGAUGGCGGCAAAGCACCAGCAGGUGGAGAUGGAGGUAAAGCACCGGGUGGAGAUGGAGGUAAAGCACCAGGUGGAGAUGGAGGUAAGGCACCAGGUGGAGAUGGAGGCAAAGCACCAGGUGGAGAUGGAGGUAAAGCACCAGGUGGAGAUGGAGGUAAAGCACCAGAUGGUGGAGAUGGUAAAGCACCAGCAGGUGGAGAUGGUAAAGCACCAGCAGGUGGAGAUGGUAAAGCGCCAGCAGGUGGAGAUGGUAAAGCGCCAGCAGGUGGAGAUGGUAAAGCACCAGCAGGUGGAGAUGGCAAAGCACCAGGUGGAGAUGGAGGAAAAAUACCGGAUGGUGGUGGUAAUGGAGGACCACCAACAACAUCAAAAAAAACCAUUGAUCCAACUGCAACUUGUUCUUCUCCUAAUGAUCCUAGAUGCCAAGCUCCACCAGGAGUUACUGCAAAAGUUGAAACGUCUACGCAAGAUGAAGUUGAAACAGUAACACCAGCUCCGACCCCAAAUGCUAAUAAUAAUAAUAAUAAUAAUAAUAAUAAUAAUGGGAAAAAUAAAAUAACUAAGUUUACAACCACCACAACAACACAAACAUUAUAUUUUGCUGGUUAUACAUCAACUAUUACAACAACAAAUUCUCUUGGAGAAGUUACAACCUUCGCGACAUACAUUCCUCCGUCCACUGUACUUGUGGUAAAGAAGGUUGCUGUCACUGCACCCGCACUUGAAGAUGGAACUGAUACAUCAGAUUCUAUGACAAUUUUACAUGGGGUUAAUAACAAUAGUUUAUGGGGUGUUACAAUGAGUUUAGCAGUGGUUACUGCAACUUUAGUUUUUAUGAUUUUUGCGUAA